CGUGUUGUCAUAAUUGUGUCUGCAAAAGCUCGCUUGAUUUCCAUUCCACGAUUGAUUCGAUUUGCUUUGCUUUUGCUAUUCGCGAUGUACCGUGGCUAAUGAGUCGCAUUGCUAAAUGCAAUUGCAAUUGACCCACUGAACGAACCCGCUGCCCUGCUGCACUGCAUCCACACCAGCAACUCCACGGUGAAAUCCAGGCAAGCCCAGCGAAUCGCCACCCCAAAAUCAGCAGCCCGCAGCUACCAUGUCAACGGAGAGCAACACGCCCGUGGAUCCGAGGGUCCAGGUGGAGCUGGAGAAGCUGAACUCCGCCACGGACAACAUCAACCGCUACGAAGUGGACCUCGAUGAGGCCAAGUGCGAGUUCAAGCGUUUGCUGGCCGAAAGUGUGGUGCGGAUUAAGGCAGCUGCCCACAAGCUGGGCAACUCCAUUGAUGCCGCCAAGCCGUACUACGAGUCACGCAUCUACGCCGCCCAGCUGGCCAAGGAAACGCAAUUGGCGGCGGCCAGCCACGAGAAGGCCAAGUCCAUUCAUGCCGCCGCCAAGGAGAUGGUCUAUCUGGCCGAGCAGGGUCUGGGCGAGAAGUCGACGCUGGACACCGCCUGCCAGGAGAUGCUCAGCCAUGCCGCCAGCAAGGUUAAUCAGUCCCAGCUGGAGGUCACCGACACCCGCAACGCCCUCAAGAUGUGCCAGCUGAAGCUGGAGGUGGCCAACAAUCGGGUCGGCAAGCUGCAGGGUCAGCUGAAGCAAGCGCUCCGUGCAUCCAGAUUGCAGCUCAAGCGCAAUUUACUUUUGUUGAGAUAUUUUAGCAUUAUGCACGCUUUGUAUUGUACCCUCUGUUCGCCGUACUACGAGACCCGGGCGAACUACAAUGGACUGCUGAAGGCGCAGAAAACGCGCGUCAACGAGCUGGAGGCGAAGGUCAGUGCGGCAAAGCUAACGUACAACGAGGCGUUAAAGAAUCUGGAGCAGAUUUCGGAGGACAUACACCGGCAGCGCCAGCAGCGCAAUAACCUGCUCAACUACGAGGCCAUGCUGCGUCAGGUGGACGCCGUGGACACGCUGACGGCGGGUCUGGAAAGGAGUUCCUGCGGAACAGCUGCCGAUCUCGAGACGGAGGCGGCCGCCGAGGAGCAGGAGCACGCGGAUGAGGAGUACCUGCGCAUGCCCGAGCGUCUGGGUCACCACGAGUGCCCCCACCUGCUGACCGAUUUCGAGGCGGUGCUCACCUUUCCGCAGAAACUGGCCGGCGGCAUGCACAAGUCGGCGAGCACUGGAGCGGCGGCGGAUGGGGAAGCCGGAUUGGGACCGCUGGGUCUGCACGCUCCCUACGAGGUGAAGUCGGGCAGCGGAUCUUUGGCGUCGGGAUCCGCUUCCGUCUCAACUUCGGCUGGCGGCGCACCGGCGGACAAUGACAUUGAGCAGUGGACGGAGAUCCGGCUGUCGCAUUCGGAUAGCACCAGUUCCAGCUACUCGAAUCAGUCGCUGCUCGAGCAGCAGGGCCUGGACUCUACGGGCGGCAUGUCCGGCGGCCUGGGCCUCGGCCUGGCCAGGAAUCAUCUCGAUGCGGAUGCCCAGUCCCAGCACUCGACGUCGUCAUCCGAUGAACCGAAGCGCAAGGUCACCUGCACGACAAUAUUCCAGGACGAUAGCAGUGCAUCCAGCGGUGGUGGCCAGCAAAUGAGCCGCAAGCAGAGCCUCAGCCAGUGGCUGUCCCGUUCGAAUAGCUUCAAGGGCAGUGGACGACGCCAGAGCCUGGAUCUGCUGAUCGAUGCCGGUGACAAGGUGAAGGAUGUGUUUAGCUACGGCUUUCAGAAGGUCGGACGCAGCCUGGAGCGUCGCAACAGCGAAUCCGAGAUGUCCGGCGAUUGUGCAGCCGAGGGAGAUGCACUGCUCGGCGGCACAACGGACUCACUGGCGCUGACCGGUGGCGGUGCAACUGGGAGUGCAGCUGGUGCAACAGGAGUUGGAGUUGGAUCCAGUUCUGGAUCUGGAUCUGGCGGCGGUGCCGGUGAUUUUUUCCUCUUCAGCAGAUCUUCAGAGCCAAAAGAGUUACUGUCCGAUGAGCAGGUUGAGAAUUUACUAUUAAAUCACUUGGUGGAUGAGAAUGGUGCCAUUAUAGUGGAGGAACUCAAAUCGCCAACAACAACAACCACAAGCAUGUACCACACACACCACCACCAACAACAACAACAGCAACAUCAACAACAACAACAACAGAAUCAGCAGCAGAAGCAACAACAAAAGCAACACCAUCAGGCAUUAAACGUGGUUGGAGCCUUGCUGUUUUAAAACGACAGCUAAAUACCCUACACUUAGAGAAAAGCAACACCAAAACGCCAUCACCAUCACACACACUCAUACAUAAAUGCGGUGAUGGGAAUGGUCACUUUUCAAUGGAUGAUCGCAGUAUAUAGUGCAAAAGUGCAACAAGAAGUAUUGAAAAAUUUAGAAAAUUUCUCUAUUUUCACAAUUCCCAUCACUGCACACACACACACCUAUAUAAAUUAUGGCAAAAUUUUACUCUAUGAGUAGUAUUGGGGCAUCUAUACGAUCGAUCCAAAAACCAAUUAGUCAAAAGCGUAGCGUACAUAUCAUUCAAUACAAAGACAUAGACAUCAAUCCAGAUGGAUCAGAUCGGAUUGGAUCGGAUGAGUCAGCAGGAAUCUUUUAAAUCCACACCAACGCACUCAGGCACGUGUGGCAAACUAUGUUCUAAUCCUAAAUAAAUGAUGUGCAAUAAUUUAGUUUAUCUAGUGGCAUAUAAAAUAAGAAAGUUACAUUUUAUGCUGUUUACAAAAAGCAAAUAACUAAAUGCUAGUCAACAAAACGAAAUCAGUUUAUUAGUUUUAGUGUGUACGAGCUAAACAUUCGGCAAACAUGAUUUACAAAGAAGCCCACAAAAAAAAAAAAAUACAUAAGAAUGUACAAAUAAUGGUAAAUGUGGCGUGUGCACUGAAAGAAAAUGAAGAGCACGUUGACAAUUCGCACAGUAGACGCAAUACAGCAAUAUUACUUUAUCGAGACAUUUGAAAUACAAACGGCUAGCAAAUUGUCCGCGAAUUCUUCGGUCUUCUUCCGCAUGCGCCACUGAAUGUUAAAUAAUUGCAUAUAUUAAUACCUGCAUACAAUUAUAUGAAGUGUAUUAUACAAAA